AUGUUAUCAGCGUUGGCCCGUGGACGAGUCGGAUUGGCGGCGACAAGGAGACUUGCAACACUUCGGGAAAAAGCUGGCCAAAAGGAUCCGCUGGAACGAUACGAACCAAAAUUUGAGGAUCCACGAGAAUAUCCAGAAUUUCCAGUUCUCAAUGUCAGACUUCAAGGAUACGAUUUUGUGCCACUCGAAAAAUAUCAAUCAUUUGUGGACAAGAUAGCACGAAGGUUCAACUUUCCUAUUGUUGAAAGUUACGCUGUUGCGGCUCAAACAUGUCGUGCGCUCACUUACAAGCCUCAAUCAACGAUAGUCGCUGAUGAAAUCGAAUUGGCUGUGUAUGAUCGAGUAGUGCGAAUAGGUCCAGUACCAGCGCCGAAACUUCAACUUUUCACGCAAAUGAUUAGAGCACAUUGUCCUGUUGGAGUAACGAUUACGAUAAAAGAAGCAACGCGAGAAGACGAACAAUACCGAUACAUCCCCGACUUGAUGUUGAAAGAAAAGCAAGAAGAAUUAAAAAGUUUGGACAAUCCGAUCGUUCGAAAAAAUCUUGGAUGGGAA